AUGCGGAAAAAAGAUCCUGCCAUGUUUUGGCGUCAUCAUGCUAACGAGGAUGGGAAACUACAACAUUUGUUUUGGGCAGAUGGAAUUAGCCAAAAGAACUAUGAAGUAUUUGGUGAUGUUGUAGCGUUUGACGCUACCUAUGGUAAGAACAAAUAUCAAUACCCUUUUGUGAUUUUUUCUGGCCUCAACAACCACAACCAAACAACAGUUUUUGGUAGUGCAAUAAUUUCAAAUGAGAGUGAAGAGACAUAUAUCUGGGUUCUUGAAAGAUUGUUUGAGGCCAUGAGAGGAAAAUGUCCAACAUCUUUUAUUACUGAUGGACAUCUAUCGAUGAGAAAUGCAAUUAGCACAGUAUUUCCUACUGCUCAUCAUAGAUUAUGUGCGUGGCACUUGCUGCAGAAUGCUACUAGAAACAUCAAGAUUCCAGGGUUCACUAAAGAAUUCCAAAGAUGCAUGUUGGUUGAUUAUGAGGUGGCUGAAUUCAAACAUAAGUGGGAUGCUUUGAUACGUAAAUAUGGUUUGGAAGACAAAGAAUGGGUGAUUGAGCAGUAUGAAAAUAGGAAGAUGUGGGCAGUAGCUCAUAUUAGGGGUUGUUUUUUUGCCGGGUUUCGUACAACAUCAAGAUGUGAGAGUUUGCAUUCAGAAAUCAAAAAGUUCAUACAUUCAAGAUAUAACUUGUCAGAGUUUUUAAAACACUUCCAAAGAUGUUUGAAUUUUAUGCGGUUUAGGGAGGUGGAAGCAGACUUGGCAUCGGUGGUUGGGAAGGCACCACUUGAAACACCGUUCAAGCAACUUGAGAAGUCCGCUGCUGCUUUGUACACACCGGCUAUUUUUGACAAAUUUCGAGCUAUUAUUGUUAAAGCAUUCCUAGUUUAUGUUAGCGGGCGAAAAUUAACAGCUACUUUCCAGAUUUUCACAGUUUCUAAGUUUAGAACACCGAGUAAGGAGUGGCAUGUAUCUUUUUAUCCACCCACACCCGUGCUGAAAUGUUCUUGCCAAAGGAUGGAGUCAACUAGGCUUCCAUGUGAGCAUAUUGUAGCUGUUAUGGUUAUUUUGGGAAUGCAUGAAAUUCCACCAAGUCUUGUGCUGCAUAGGUGGAGCAAACGUGCCAGAGAUCAAAUAGAAUGUUAUGCUGCAGAUGUUAGCGGUGACUGGGGUUCGGUUAACAUGGCUCGCCAUGCAGUAUUGUUAGAUGGUUGUAGAGAAAUGUGCAAACUAGCGGGUGAUUCACUUGGCGAUUUCACAACUACAAGAGACCUUGUGACUACUCAUACUUGUACCUUGAAAGCUAGGAAAAAGGCCAAUGAGGUGCAUGACAACAAUGAGGGCAACAAUGAAUCUAUCCCUCUCAGGAACCCUGAUCGUGCGUAUCGCACGCGUGGUGGUUCUAGUACAUCGAGCACGAAAGGUCUACGGCGCAGAAAGACUACUUGCAGUGUUUGCAAGACACCUGGUCACAAUAAGGCAUCAUGCCGGCUAAAGAGUCGGAUCCAUGAUAUGACGCAGGAAGUGUACGGUGAGGAUACACAUUCACAGGACCAACAACAAUAUUAG